AUGAAUGUGAAGAUAGUAGUUGACAACUUAAGAAUGUUUAGGGUCAACACCAUGAAGACAAUAUGCAUAGUGUGUGUUAUUAUAAUAUUUCUGUCCUCGUGUCGCGCCAAAUCUAAAGAGGAAUGGAAAUCAAGAAUAAUUUACCAGAUAUUAACUGAUAGGUUUGCAGCGGAGGAUGAACCAAUCCCGUGUACCGACCUUCGGAGUUAUUGUGGAGGGACAUUUCGAGGGAUAGUGGAAAAAUUAAACUACAUAUCUGGACUUGGCGCCAACGCAAUAUGGAUAUCUCCUAUUGUUGUUAAUACACCAAAGGGUUACCAUGGUUACUGGGCUAAGGAUAUAUACAACUUUAACGAACAUUUUGGAACCGAGGAAGAUUUUAAAUAUCUGUUAUCUGAAUGCCGUAAAAGAGAUAUAUGGGUUAUGGUUGAUGUGGUGGCUAACCACAUGGGAUAUACGGAUGGUUGUUGUUGGAACAUUGAUUGUGACAAACAACAGCUGGUAAAUUUUACUGGAUUCACCCCAUUUAAUAAAUCGGAGGAUUAUCACAGUCUCUGUGAAAUAAUGAACUGGAAAAACCAAACUGAGGUUGAAUUGUGUCGUCUCUCCAAGCUUCCUGACCUAAAUCAGUCAAACCAAUAUGUCAGAUCUACCUUGCUACAUUGGAUAAGCGAGUUAACAAAGAAAUAUGGAAUCGAUGGUUACAGAAUAGACACAGUAACAGAAGUGGCAAAAGACUUCUGGUCAGAAUUCCAGGUAGCUGCUGGUGUUUUCUGCCUUGGGGAGGCUAGCAGUGGUAACAUAACAUACACAGCUGAGUACCAGGGUCCGUUAAACUCUAUUCUCAACUACCCUCUCUACUACACGAUGAAAAGGGUGUUUACAGGGAACCAGUCGAUGAAAACUCUAACAGCGACAGUUGACCAAGAGAUAAUGAAAUUCGAAGAUAUAACAGUUCUAGGAAAUUUUAUAGAUAACCAUGACGUUCAAAGAUUUCUCAGUAUAUCACCAAGUAUAACGAUUUUAAUGAAUAACUUGGCAUAUGUCUUAUUGUCACAGGGUAUCCCUAUAAUUUAUUAUGGUACAGAGCAAGCUUUCAAUGGUGGAAACGAUCCAGAAAAUAGAGAAGCUUUAUGGCCAUAUCACAACCAAACCUCAACGUUAUAUAAGUUUAUUUCGCAACUGUCACACUUUAGAAGAAGAUCUGAUUUGGAUUUUUCCUCAGACCAACAGACAGAGGUGUAUGCAUCUGAUGAUUAUAUUAUAUUUUCUCGCGGGGAUACACACCAGGUAUUGAAAUCGCAAAAUUAA